GCGCGUAUAUAGGCUGCCAGCGGGACGAAGAGGGCGCUAACAACCCCCCACCGCGACGUGCGCGGCGCUCGAGCCUCGGAGAAUCCGAGAGCGGUUCGCGCCUGUGCAAUUCGCGCGGGGGUGGCAAGGGACCGAAAAUCGAGGUGAAAGGAAACUCCGCGGAUCCGGCCUAAGGGUCUCUCCUAGGGCUGGUGCGUAUAUCGGUUCCAGCGAGAAUUUUCAUUCCCGUGUCCCGUGACCGCGCGCGUUACGACCGACCCCUCUGUAUUCUCUCCGUGUACGUCUCUGUGUGUAUCUGUGCCACUCCGUGUGCCUCUGCCCGACGCCCCGUGCGCGUCAGCGGCCAGGAUCGAGCAGAGUUCGGACGCCGUGUAGGCCGCAGGAUCGAAUCGCGCGCGACCGUCGUUUCCGCUUCUGUGGCAGCCGUUUGAGAGACGGUGGACACGCUCGCGCGACGGCGUAAACACGCGUAUACGCGUACACGCACGGAAGAGAGGAAGAGAGAGAAAGAGGAGGAGAGAUAAAGAGACACUGGGAAGGAGCGGGAGAGGGAGAGAGGAAGACAGCGGACAGAGAGUGCACCGUAUGCACGGUGGUUUUCGGUGACACAUCACGACAAAUCUGAGGAUACAUAUAUACGUUCUUUUUUUCGACUGUGUCGCGAGCCGCAUCGUUCGAGCUACCCCAGCGAGAGUGGUGGUUCUCUGUUGUGCGCGCGCGACCCAAGAAACCGUCCAGGCACCUGCAUGAACAACACCGAGGGAUAUAGGACUAAUUUGAAGCGAAGAAACUGAUUCCGUUUGAACCGUCUCGAAGACGACCACGACGACUCGGCUCGUUUCGAUCCGCCGCUGCUGCCGCUACCGCUACUGCUGCUGCUGGUGCUGCUGGUGCUGCUGGUGCUGCUGGUUUCUUCCUCUCGCGUGACACACUUUUGUCGCGAGAGAACAGAAACUCUCUUGCCUCCUCGCGCGCUCCCUACCUUGCCACUCUCCCUUCUCGCGAGAGAGGGAACCUUCUUCGGACUGAUUCCAAUCCUGACACAUCGCUGUCUUCUCCCCGUGUCUCCCUACCCCCGGUGCGUGAACGCGAAGUGAGAGUUUUACUGUGUACCGUGAGUGGUGAUAUCAGUGAAGAGUUUUCAUCGGUGUCUGACUGAGAAGGGAGCCCCUUCGUCGAGGAAUCGAAAAGGGUUCGCAGGGAAACCUUGCUCGGUGACUGGUUUGGACGUGAUUUCGAGACGUGGUCGCGUGCGUCCGCGAAGUAACUGGGAUUCUCGAUUGAACAGCGGCUGCCAGGCGACCCGUAGUGGAUAUAACGUGCACGGGGUAUCAUGUAUCCCCCGAUCGCGGCCCUCCUUUGAGGGUUGAGAAUCCGGCGAUCCUCUAUCGCGUCGGUCGGUCGGUCGGUCGGUCGCCCGUCCGUCGUGUGUGUCACGUCCCGUUCAAACGGCGGCGGUGUGUAAUUGUGCGCUGGAACUAGAUACCGGGCUCGUCACCUCGAGGAUCACCGGAGUUCGGCGGCCGAGAGCUGGUCCCGUUGAGGGCUAACCGUGUACCACAUAUCCGCGCUGAAAGAGGACUCGAAACCUCGCAAGGAUGCGGGACCGGCUAUCGUGGUACAUGGUCUUCCUGAUCCUGCCGACAAUUCUCCUGGCCAGGUCGCUCGAUAAAGACCGCCGCGUACCUUACAUAUCGUCAGAUUGGAAGGCGCUAUGGUUCAGCAAUUUCGACGAGCUGCAAAGAGUGAACGAGGCAAACGACAACAACACCGUGUCCAACGUCACGGUGCAGUUGGGCGGCACCGCCUUUUUGCAUUGCAAAGUUCGCAAUUUGGCGGAAAGAACGGUAUCCGACGCCGAGAUAUCCUGGAUACGGCGGCGUGACUUCCACAUUCUGACCAGCUCGAUGUUCACGUACACGAACGAUGAGCGGUUUCAGGUGUUGCACCCCGAGGGCUCGGACGAUUGGACUCUGCAAAUCAAAUACGUUCAAGAAAGAGAUAAUGGAACGUACGAGUGUCAGGUCUCAAGGAGUACAGGGAUAUUAUCACACUUUGUCAAUCUAAACAUAGUAAUACCAGAAGCAUUUAUAUUAGGGAGCGGCGAACAUCACGUCGACGUAGGAUCCAUAAUAAAUCUCGUAUGCAUGAUAGAAAAGAGUCCAACACCGCCGCAGUAUGUAUUCUGGUAUCACAAUAACCGGAUGAUAAGUUUCGACACCACGCGAGGCAGCGUAACCGUACAAACGGACGCCACUUCGACUCAAAGUCGAUUGUCGAUUCGCCAAGCGGUGGAAUCGGACACAGGCAAUUAUACGUGCAGCGCCUCAAAUACCAAGCCGGCGUCCAUCUUUGUUUUUGUCACGGAAGGUGACAAAAUGGCAGCCAUACAGCGCCGCAAGACAUCGGCUGCGGGGAAAAAUUUCAGUGAAUUGCUAGUACUAAUUGUCACCAUUGCGAUAGACGCCGUUUUAACGCGAUAAGCGUUUCUCUUCGAUAUGUCCAUAAUUAUUAUUAUACCGUUACUUCCGUUUGUGAUAGAUAGGCUACUAUUCCGCGAUUUUAUCCCUCUAUUCACUCUCCUUCUUUCCCUUCGCGCUGAACAUCCUCAUGCCAUGCAAUUUCUUGUUUCUCUGGUUCUUUUCAAUAUUCUUUCUAUCCCUGUAUCUUUCUCUUAGCGUUCUAUCCCCCAUUCUCAUCACGAUCCUUUCCCCAAUUUAAUUUCUUCCAUCAUCACUGCGCACCCUCCCUCCUGCGUAUCCCAUUUCGUCUACCCCGUUCUUGAUUUCAUCGCCGAGGUUGCCGCCGGCUGAACGAUUUCCCCGUACGAGAUUCUGCCAUGGUAGAACACGCGUGCACCGUAACUCGCGUGCGACCGAAAUUGUUAAAACGUUCGCGGAUAAUUGCAAUUACUCUCUUUCUCUCUUCCUUCCUUGCCGACUUUCUUCGAUUCCACUUGCGGUCAUGUCCAUUUCCUUCGGCGCGGCCCACAUCAAAACCUCGAGCAAUCAAAGUUAUCUAACCGCGGUGAUCAUUUUGGUAAUGGUAGAGGUAACUGUUACUUUUCCUCCCUCUUCGGACGGAAACAUAAUUCUCUCGUAAUCGCUACACAUGACUGAGUUACAUGAAACGCGGAUCAACCUUGUAAUAUAGAGAGUCAUGGCUUCGCUAGGCCAAUUGCCGCGUAAUCAGAAGCAAUAAACAGAAACAUUGUGUCGCGCGCGAUGACCUCGUUAUUCUUGGCAAAAAGUGUUUGAUCCAACGAACUAAAUAUUCAUAAGGAAAUUUUAAGUGGAAUAUUGCAUAGGUAAAGUUUAAGGAAGAUGGUAACAUAAAAAUAUAUGUAUUCGCUCAUUUUCCAAAUACAAAGAAAAAUUCUCAUUCGUCCCUAGGGCUAUUAUUAUUAUUAAAACAACAUAUUUCACGUUUAUCGCGCGUACAAACAAUUUCUAGAACGAUUUUAUUAAUUCGUACGAUUAAGUACUUUCUGUCAACACUUCUAUCAAUUCUCGUUUCAGCCUCUUGUAAAGAAGUACAAGCAUUAUCGGCACUGAGAUAUUAUUACGAAAUUUCUUUUCCCUCGAGAGGUCAUGUCGAGCCAUUACACUUUAGAAAAUGAACCGGCGGCAAAUCGUUUCUCGGCCGAAAGUUUCACGAAACGAAUUGUUUCCUCCCGUAACAUCUGUCCGAUGUCAAUUUGGUUUCACAUUUCUCCGCUCGAUUCGUUCUCCUCGCAACUUCACAACGAGUUCUCGAGAUCCAUUCAGCCGUCGUCAAAAUGAGUAACAAUUCCACGUCGUGGCAGUUCCCCGCAAGUUUCGCGGCGUUUUCGACCUGAUCGCCGCGGAUACGCCGAGCAGACACCGGGGUCGUGCGUGAACAGGAAACUUUUCGAAAUUGAUACCGUGUUGUCGGGCAUCGCGUCGAAUUUACGAGACCUCGAGCCACCCUUUAAUCACCCUCGGCCCUACGACCUUCGUUCCCGCGCCGGUUUUCGUAUAAUUAAUCACCACUUACCUCGUUUCAAUUUCAUUUUAUCGACGAUCGCGUUACCGUACAUGCAAACGCGACCACGCCGCAAUCAAUAUCCAGCGCGUGCACUUUCUUAUUCCUCGCCCAGAUUCACUGGAAAAUACGACCAUUGUCGCGAAAGCUGAUGCACAACGGUACCUCGAUUUACGUAGCACAUUUUACGUGCGAUUCUUGUUUUGCAAGGUUAACGAAUGCUCGUUUCUCGUAUGUGAGUACACAACUAACAAAUUUAGAGCUUCUCCUCAGUAUCUUAGUUUUUAUAGUAUAGUAUGUUUCUGAAUGACAAGUAUAUUAUAAGGUUUAUUUUUAAUUACUGUUGACGGUAGUUUUGUUACUGUGAUAGGAUAUUUUCAACGAAAGGUUUAUUUAUGAAAUAUUUUUAUGGAUUAUUUUAUUUGUUCCGAAAUCUGAACAUGUUUCAAGCUUGUAUAUCGCAUGUAUGAACAUGUUUGUUCUGAUACUCAUUUUUGUUUAUCUUUCUGAAUUUAUUCAUACUCUCUGCUAUACCGAGUAAAACAAAUUUGCGUGGAAUGUAUCGUGCACUUAAAUCGAGAGACAAGUGCAUUAGGUGUACCAAUAAGGAAUCAAUUAUUUCUUGAAUAUUUAAUUAUAUAUAAUAUAUAAAUUAUAUAUAAAUUAAGAAGGAUAUCUAAUUUCUUUAAAUUUAUAUCAAACAAUAUUGAUUGUAUUAUAUGUUGGAGAAAUUCACUUUAUCAGUGCCAAAAAUAUUGUAUUCCAAUCGAGGAUCAACAAAAUAUUUUUCUUUAGGAGAUAUUUAAUUAAGGAAAGAAAUAAUGAAUUACAAAUUGGUACACCUUAUGGAAUGAAAAAGACUGAGAGCCAUCAGGAGGAGAACAAUUGUCUCUUUUCUAAGGAAAAUAAUCAAAUUUCAAAAACAUAUCUCAAUCGACAGAAAUUUUGUAAAAUUCAACGAACGAAACCUUUAUUCUUCGUUUAAAAAAACAAAAAAAGAAAAGUCGAGGGUGACAAUGGGCACAUUCCGAAUCGUUUCGCAUGGUUUUACCAUUACACUGACUUUUAUCAUCCCGUAGGAAUCGUUGCGUACUCGUCGACAUUUCGUCUGCAUUGAAACGGAACGCAUUCUUUCGGAACCUACACCGAACAACAUUACAUAUCGAGAUUAUGUUAACACUGCCAUGUUAUUUUUUAAAAAUAGCACGAGAAUACUCCAUCGCAUCGUCAGGACGUUAAAAGAUCUCGAACGGCGAAUGCAGACGAAAGGUUUCAAAAGGGAUCAAGUAACCAAUAUAUUGUACUUAUUUAUUAUUCGCGUUUAAUAGGUGUCCAGGUGGAAGCGAGAAACAAAAAAGAAAGCAACAAACUGCCGUGUCGGUUGACGUAGCGAGACCGUUUUGCGUAACGAGCGUUUCACGGACGCUCGUCGAGGCGAAGCAAGAUUUUACAAUUCUUCGAGAUAAGUCUGUGUAUAUUAGUUGGAGUUCACGGAUGCGCGCGCGCCAAUCUUGAACCAUGUAUAUCUAACUUAUCAAAGGAACAUCGGGAAACUUUUUCUUGCAUAAUUACUUGCUUUUCCUUUCAACGAAAAGAAGGGAAAAAAACAAACGAACCGACAAAAAAACAUGGAAUGAACCUUAACAUUAAAUUACGUUUAUUUUCGUCGUACUAAAUUUCAUUCGUUUAAAUGGGGAUCAAGAAAACCGUCAGUUUGUUUGAAUUCUGUAAAUUGUGUAAAUCAUGUAAAUCCUUAUAUAAAUAAUUGUAUUAAACGAUCGUUUCUUACCAUACGUUUUGUGAUCGCAUUCCGUUCAGUGGAACACGGAAAAAUACGGAUUACGCAUGUAAACACCGGUUACAUUUGCGACAAGGGGAAAUAUCUGUUGCCAGGAGAACGCUCCGUUCGAGCAACGGAACGUCCGAACAUUCGAGGCUGCACUCUACUUCGCUAGAACAAAAGGCGUCAGUGAAAAGUUGCUCUUUGUUCCUUUGGUGAACACGCCGGAGCUUCGUGCUCCGCGCUCGCGGACACGAAUUCGCGCGAAGAUCGUCGCGUGCCACUGUUAUCGAUCAAAUAGAGGUGAAAGAGCGUACGAUGAAACCGGGGGGAAGGUGCACGGUAGAAGGAGCAAAAGAAGAAAAAAAAGAAGAAAAAGAAGAAGGUGGAGAAAGAUAAGAAGAAACGAAAAAAAGAGAAACAAAAAGCGUAAUAAAAGGAGCCACGACUCUUAGGCUUAUUCCGAUCGAUUCAUUCACUCACCACCCUCACUCUACGAUUCAUUUACGGCAAUACGUUAUCCGCCAUGAUACCCCCAUCUUGAUUUUCACCUGCGUUUACCACCACCACCCUCAUCACCCUCCAACCCUCCCUCGAACGAAUUUUAGUCACGCAAUAUCGAGGUACUCCAUAAAUAUAGACCUUUUAAAGAAGAAAAAAACGAAAGAAAGGAAGAAGGAAAGAAAGAAAGAAACUAAAGAGGAAGAAAAGAAAGAAUGAAAAUGGUAGUCAAUCGUAGUCAUUUAAUAAUUCUGAUCUCAACUUACGAAACUAGGGUAACUUUAACCGAAAGAAACGGUAUUGUAUGCGUCGGAACAAAUCGUCGAGGUGGAGGACGAAGUGUUGGAUUAAAUGUUUCUACGGGAUACUAUUUGAUUUUCCUCGGAUAAACGAGAAUAAUGAAAAAAAGAGAGAAAGGGAGAAAGC